AUGUCCUCCAGAAAGAAAAAUAUACUUAAGGUGAUUGUGCUAGGCGACUCCGGUGUCGGCAAAACAUCAUUAAUGCAUCGUUAUGUUAAUGAUAAAUAUUCCCAACAAUAUAAGGCCACUAUCGGUGCUGACUUUUUAACUAAGGAGGUAGAAGUUGAUGGGAAUAAAGUGGCCACAAUGCAAGUUUGGGACACUGCAGGGCAGGAAAGAUUCCAAUCACUUGGUGUAGCAUUCUAUCGAGGUGCAGAUUGCUGCGUUUUAGUUUAUGAUGUUACGAAUGCAAAAUCUUUUGAAAGUAUCAAAUCCUGGAGAGAUGAGUUUCUUGUUCACGCCAACGUUUCAUCCCCAGAGACGUUUCCAUUCGUGAUAUUAGGUAAUAAAGUUGAUGUCGAUGAAUCUAAAAAAGUCGUUAGUCUGAAAUCCGUUCAAGAUUUAGCGAAAUCUUUGGGUAACGUUCCUAUGUUUUUAACCAGUGCUAAGAAUGCGAUCAAUGUUGAUACUGCAUUCGAGGAGAUUGCUCGUAGUGCUUUGCAACAAAAUCAGGCGGAUGCCGAUGCUUUUGAAGAAGAUUUCAAUGACGCAAUUAACAUCCAAUUGGAUGGCGAACCAAGUUCGUGUAGUUGUUGA